AUGGGCGUACAAAACUCUUCGAUCUCCUUCGCGACUGCGCCGACGCAGUCGCCAAGGAGCUUCCGCCUGCUCCGCUCCCGCUGGGACUUCCUUGGCCACAUCCUCCAGUAUCCCGUCAACCCCAUAGGAUAUGUCCAAGGAGGCCCCAGUGGCGUACAAGUCCAUGCCCCGUCUUUUCCGUUGCUGAGCAUUGGCCUGGACGCCCCAUCACGUCGCUGCCUCGCGCCCUCAACCCUGACCUCAAUACCGUCCUCGGCUCCAGCGCCUCACGUGCGUCACCGACCUGCAGGCCCUUCGCUCCACCACCGCACCGCCGCGGACAAGAUCCGGUGGAUAGAUCUUGUCCGCGGCUUCCUGACCGAUUAG